GCCCUACCCGUGCCGCCGUUUGCGGCUGCCAAUUACCAGGUCCCGACCAGUGAUUACCCGCCGGCGCCCGGUGAUUACCAAGAAUCUCCUACAGGGAGGAGGGCCACUUUGUUUACUACCAGUCCUUCUCCUGUUGGUUUGGGUACACUGCUCUGGAUGGUUAGCAGUGUGCUUACAAUGAAGCACCAACAUAUCGCCCCCCAGUAAAACACUCCCAGCACACAGUUAACCCUUUUUAUCGCCCCUCAUGUUAACCCCUUCCUGCACAGUGCCAUUAGUACAGUGUCAAUGCUUUUUUUUUUACCACUGAUCACUGUAUUGGUGUCACUGGGGAUGUCAGUGACACCAAGUCAGUUCCCCCCAGUGUCAGAAUGCCCGCUGC